AGCUGAGAGCUCAAACCUGUGCCGCUCACCUCACAACUUUCAGCUCGCAAGAUGGCAGGCAAGAGGAGCUCCCGCGCCGUGCUGGUCCUGGGCGCCUGCGCCGCGCUAUAUGGCAAGGGCUUUGUGGCACCGGAGCCGGUGCAGCGGAGGGCGGUGCUUUCCGCGGGCCUGCUGGGCACACUGGGUGCCGCGGCUCCGGGCGCCCAGGCGGCGGACUUCUUCGGGCUGCCCUCGGUGCCGGGGCCCUUUGAGAUGGACCCCAAGGACUCCGUGGUCAUCGGCGAUGCCAACGACCCGGCGGUCAAGGAAGCCCGUGGAAAGGUGGAGUAUCUGCUGAAGCAGGCGGAGGACGCCCUGGACAAGCUCGAGAAGGACCCCCAGGUGGACCUGCAGUACAUGUGCCAGGACUUCGGCAUCGGCGAGCUGCGUCUGGCCACCAACACCAUCAACGACAUCAUGGACGACAAGACGGCGGCGGCCACCCAGCGCUGGCAGCGGCUCAUGAUCCAGGCCAAGUACCAGUGGGAGGAUGACAUGCCCUUCCCCACCACCAAGCGCGGCGAGCAGAGGCCCCGCGGAGACAAGCGAAACGACCGGAUCAAGGCGUCCCUCAAGAACUACAUCAAGGCGUCCAAGGAACUGCUGCAGUUCUUCUGAGCUGGGCAUUCGUGCAGAACAGCCUUUCUAGCGCUAUGGCCUUUGACGAUAGCCUCAGGAGGCUCAGAGUCUCUUGAAUGCUUGCGUGCGCGAAACAGGUACAA